AUGGGCUGCUUUAAUUCCAAGGAAGCCUUGUACGACCCUAAAGGAACAGUUGGCCUUGCUGGUGGCAAGCCUCAGCAUGCACCCGGCAAUCAGGUUUCGGGUUCAGCAUCGGGCCAGCACCCACCCGCUUACCUACUCGAGGCUGCUCCUCAAAGUAUACUUCUUGGUUCAACGGGGCAGUUAACGCCGUCGGGUAACUCAGCCGGAGGCAAGUAUGCCAUUCCAAACUCCUCGCGGAACAGUGUCAGUGCGGGAGCACCCGGCGGCUCUUUCAUUGCCUUGGGCGCGGCUGGCGGCUCAACUAGCGGCGUUUCUCGGCGGACGCCAGCUGGGAAAGGAGCACACGUAUCAGCCGACCUAAAUGCUAUCGUUGACGACCAGGGGACCAUUAAUGCGCUUGUCAGCCGACAGUUAUCAGUAAUGAGCCAUUACAGCGUGAAGAGUGAAGCGGGUAGUGUAAUCCUUCAACCGGAGUUAGCGCACGGCCCCAACGCCUUGGGCUUCACGCUCCAUAAGCUUAUUGGCCGCGGCGGCUUCGGCAACGUGUACCUUGGAGAAUGGGAGGGCCGCAAGGUUGCUGUGAAGGUGGUUACUGGAAGUAACAACGAAACCCAGGCGGAUCAGCCGGAGGAUAAGGAGUGGGAAGCCCGUAAGGAAAAGAUGGCGCAAAUGGAGGCCAUUCUCAUGGCUUCAGUCAACCACCCGAACAUCGUCCACACGCUCAAGGUCAUUGCGCACCAAGGAGACGCCAUGGAUCCGGAGCUCGCAGCAAUUGAGCGGGAGCUGUUUACGGAGCGGGACGAGCAGCAUACGCCCGCGUUUGAGUGGCACAUUAUCAUGGAGUAUUGCGACCGGGGAUCCUUUUCACGCGCCUUGGCGUCUAUGCGUUUUCACGAGUUUGUGGAGACGGCUGGGUACGUCCGGUGGGACGCGUGGGCGUGUCUUCAAACUCUAAAGGAGGUCACCAAGGCGCUCAUCUUCCUGCACGAAAAUCGCAUCCUGCAUGGCGACUUGAAGGCUGCCAACGUGUUGCUCAGCAGCAGCGACAAUGAUCGUCGCGGCUUUGUGGCUAAGGUUUCCGACUUUGGCCUCAGUCGUGUCUUGGCGGGGAACCGCAAGGAAAUCAAGACGCAGACGUUUGGGACGGUCACCCACAUGCCACCGGAGUUGUUGUCCAAGGGCAUCUUGAGCCCGUCGGCAGACGUGUACGCUAUGGGCGUGCUGUUAUGGGAGGCCUACAGCGGCGACCGAGUGUUUAAGCAGCUGAGCGAUAGCGAGGUCAUCCUUGCGGUGGUCACGCGGAAGGCCCGACCGCAGUUCCCACCGGACACGCCGCAUCGGUUUAAAUACCUUGCGGAGCGAUGCUGGGCGGAGCUGGCUGAGGUACGGCCCUCCCUGCAGCAGCUGUACAACGAGCUAGAAAACUUGCAGGCGCAAUUGUGCCCCCAGGGUCAGGACUCGCCGCGGCUGUUGGUGCAGUCAUGUAUCAAGCAGAAGCGGAGCGUAGGCGCAGUGCCACCUGUGCAGAUGGCCGGAGCCAAGGGGCCGGGGCAACAGAGCAGGCUGGCACAGGGUGUCAGCACCGACGGGACGGCCAAGGGCGGCUCCACGGCGCUUCCCAAGGCAGUCUACACGUCCACCCCAGCGCGGCGUGUGCAUAUACCUUGGUGGAAGAAGGGUACGGAUUUCAUACGGCAGCAGGCCCUCUGCGUGCGCCGCAUGCGGCGUCUGCAGAGCUUACAGAAGCUUGAGGACGGGCUGGCCACUGUAAGGGUUAUGCUGAGGCUUUUGCCGAAACGCGGGCGUGAAUACAACAGCGGUGGGGGGCACCUUUACGUGAACUCACCGCUUGGGGCAGGCCCCGGCGGCGUCGCUAGCCAUGGCCCGUCGCAGGCGGACAAGCUCAAGACCUUUGCCGCUCUCAAUCGCACCCAGCAAAGCGCCAAGAAGAGCAGCGAGCACGGCAAUGGCCCGCCAAGCGGUAACGGCUACGGCUCUCCAGUUCAAGGAACGGGUGCUGGACCGCCUGGCCCAGGCUCUGGCCCGCGACCUGUGGGCCCUGCAGCUGGCCUCGGGGCAAGCGUCGCGAGGCCGCUGAUGAAAGUACCGUCGUUGCAUAAGGCCCGGGAGACGGUUCCAAGGCGCGCGUGUAAGGCAAUUGUAGGAUGGGGCCAAGACCGUGCAGCAGAGCUGGGGACUAGGGCUGCGGUGUGGGGUCAAGCAACGGCCGUAUCUGCCCCGUUGGGGAAAGCUAUCCUCCAAUCCAACAGCAAGCGCUUUUGCCGCGCGCAUACGCGUCUUCCUCUCAGGGACAGUGCCCGAGUUGCUUUCAAUUCCCAAACCCAUCCCCGUGUUAACCCAUCCCUGACCCCGAAACCUUCUCUCGGCAUGUUAAUACAUACUGGCAUGCUGAGAACUGAGCUUUUCCGUCCCAUCUUGCCGCUGCUGCAGUCCGAGCUGAGCGUCUCACACUCGGCUGCGUCCUCGCCCACACUCAUAUCGCCAUAUUUCAAGGCAGCCACGUCAGGUCCCUUGUCGCCUCUAAAAAACGGCAGCUUCGCGCAACAUCCUGUUGUUGCCGUCCAGUCGCAGCCCAUCGCUCAGCCAACGGGCGGCUUUCCCCCAGCGCCGUCGAACCGCGCCGCCUUGGCCAAUACGGCCGGCCUGUAUUCGCCCAUAGCGGUUGGGGGCGGGGGCGGGAAUGGCGGCAUGUCGUCGGGCCCCUUGCCGCCACUUAAUAUCGCCACCACCAACUGCAGCCCCAUGCUCAUAAACACGCCUGCUAGUCCAGGGUCUUCGGGGGCAAUAGACAGACAGACAGACAUUCUCUCGGUCUUGUGUGCAAUCCCGCCUCUGCUCAUGGCCCUUUUUUCAUCUUCUUCUUCCCCUCUCUGCUUAGGUAUGAUUGGUGGCAGCCCCGACUCGCCCCCCGUUGUUCCGAACGAGUUCCUUGGCCGCGCACGCACCGCCUCCGCUACCGGCAUCAGCCGGCCCAGUCGCUUUGGACACCACGAAGAAGCCGUGGCGCGCCAGGCGUCAACAGGCAGCGUACCCGCUACCUCCAAGCUCGAGGUCCUGGCCUAA